CCCACCUGCUCUUUGACAUGGACGGCCUCCUUCUGGAACUGCAAUGAAUUGCACGGGGAUGGGCCCUUCUCGGUGCAAGAGAAGGAAGCUUGGGGUCUAAGCAGCUCUCCAGGAAAUAGCACCUCCUUGGCAUGAAAUUUUCUACGAGCAACGUUGUCUCGAGCACAAAACCCUGCAUUUCAAUCGGUGCUGCUAUAUCUCCGUUAUGCCUGCCCUCAAUCACACCGAGCGGCUGUACUCGGUGGUGUUUGAGGAGAUCUGCGGUCGCUACGGGAAGGCGUACAGCUGGGACGUCAAGUCCCUGGUGAUGGGCAAGAAGGCGCUGGAGGCGGCGCAGAUCAUCGUGGACGUGCUGCAGCUGCCCACGACCAAGGAGGAGCUGGUGGACGAGAGCCAGGCCAAGCUGCAGGAGCUGUUCCCCUCCACGGCCCUCAUGCCAGGGGUGGAGCGCCUGAUCCGCCACCUGCACCAGCACCGGGUGCCCAUGGCCGUGGCCACCAGCUCGGGGUCGGCGUCCUUCCGGGCCAAGACCCAGCGGCACCGGGACCUCUUCAGCCUCUUCGACCACGUGGUGCUGGGCGACGACCCCGCCGUGCGCAGCGGCAAGCCGCACCCCGACAUCUUCCUCGCCUGCGCCCGCCGGUUCUCGCCUCCGGCCCCCGCCGACCAGUGCCUGGUCUUCGAAGACGCCCCCAACGGGGUGGAGGCGGCCCUGGCGGCCGGGAUGCAGGUGGUGAUGGUCCCGGACGCAAACCUGCGCCCGGAGCUGACCACGAAGGCCACGGCGGUGCUGGCCUCCCUGCAGGACUUCCAGCCCCAGCUCUUCGGGCUGCCGCCCUUCGCCUGACGCUGCCCCGAGCCGCCCGCCCGCCAUGCUGCCCCGGCCCGGCCCCCACAGUGUGAGCCACCCAC